CUUUAUCAUAUAACAAGGCUUUACAGCAUUGUGAGCGGCGCAUUGUUCAUUAUUCCAUCGCCCUGUUCUCCGUAUCCAAAACAUCAUCCCGAAUGCCGUCAUCAACGUUACCCAACGAUCCUCCAUGGUCCGGACGGUUUUGGACUACCAAUGAUAAAAACCACCUGCUGGCGCUACCCCCCGAAGUUCUCCUCAUCAUCCACGCCCACGUCCCCGGCCACGUGCAAGAAGCUUUCCGCCAAGCCUGCGCGAAACCCUACCAUGUAUUCAGUUUUGCGUCCUUCGCCCGCACCAGUACACGUCUAAGACUGAACCUCCACCAUGAAACAGGCGACCGCGCAGAAGGCUUGCUUGCCGAACAAAGACUGUUCAAGGAGGCUCUGAAGAGAGAUUUAUGGUACACGGGACCUGUUCGCAACGAACGACGUCGGGAGGCGCAUAUGGGGCGCGAAAGGUGUUGUUCGACGUGUCUGCAGACACAUGACCGGCAGUUCUUCACAAACGCGGAGAUGGAGAAGGAUCCGGGUGAGAGGCGGUGUGUGGGCCAGCAAGGAGACCUCGUAGUCGUGACAGGAGGGGACACCACGAUGAUGAGAAUAGGAGGAGAUGACAAGCCCCUGACCUGGGCGAAAAUGGUCAAACUGGAUUUCCAGGACCCAGUCGACAGGGUAUCGUCUUAUCGAUUGUUUGCAUGGCCACCGAGAUCACAAUCGACAUACAGUAGGGAAGAAGCGCCGGAAAUCACGUACACCAGGUUGGAUGGAUACAAAUUGUCCUUCCGUCGAGUCCUGUAUGUUUCCAUCACGGAUGGUAGCACGUCGUACGAUCAGGACGUUCAAUGGCAGCAUGUACAGGAACCUGCGCCGCAUUACAUAUGUCCGCACGUUGCACUCACGGCGGAGUCCUUGACGGAAGGCUGGCCUCUGCUGCACUCGCCUUUUGGUCGAGAGUGUGCAGUCAGGCGCUGCAGCACAAAGUGGUGGCUUGAGAGAUUAGACGUUGACGGAGGUUCGAGGAAGGAGAUAGUUCUCAAAGUAGAAAGAGGACUAGGAAAGGGCCCGACCGAUCCGAAGUGGUUGGCACAGCUCAGAUCAGACCAGGGGGAUGUGCAAUACCGUAUCAGUCAAUUGAUCAGAUGAUCAAUGCCCCCCUCGGUGAUCAUUUGACCGGUUUGGGUGUCUUUUUGGGUGGUGCAGUUAUACACACCUUUUGGUGUCUGGGAUUAGAUUUUUCCUUGAAUCAGACUUGUGACUUACGGAUGGGUAGACACAGGAUUUCAAAUUCCUUCUGUUUUGACUUACGAAGACUGUCUGGUCGGUACUGAACAACUGAUAUUGAUUGCGAUUAGUUAACCCAUAGUACGUAGUAUUUUGAAUAUAGAUCAUCAUUGUUGUGUGAAAUAAGUAUGAGCAAUGUCUGCACAUUCUCUGACCCGACAAUGUUUUAUACCACGCAUAUUCUGCUGCUACAUCUAGAGUAUGUAUUCAAAGUCUACAUGUAUGUCUGAGGG